AUGGCCGAAGAAGUAUCACAAAAUAUAGCGAAUCAAGAAGAAAGUAGAAUCUCAACAGAACAAAAUGUUGAUCCAACAACAACAACAACUUCAUUAAAUGAAUCUGCAAUGAUGGAUACAUCAACAAAAGAAGAAGAAGAACAGCAACAACAACAACAGCAAAUAAAUGUUGUUGAUGAUGCAACACUUCAAGCAGUACUUAGUUCUAUGACAGAACCCGAAAUGAAUGCAUUUCUUGAAGAACUUAAUAAAACAGGAAAAGCAUAUUUACCUGGUAUUGGUCAAACUAUUGAAUUAUUAACUGUUCCUGCUCCUUCCGAAACAUCAACAACAACAACAACUAUGACUGUUCUGCCUUCAUCUCAAAUAUCACAAUCUCAACCAUCAGCAGAAAAUUUUCUUCAAGAAUUAACAUCACUUAUUCAACAUCCACCUGAUGAUAUUGUACCCAUUGGUAUUGAACAAAGAAGGCGUCAGCAAUCUAUUGAUGCAAGAUCAAAUAUUAAUAAUACUGCAUCAGGAUCACGUCAAGCUCGUACAGCGAAUAUAUAUGGUGGCACAUCAGUUGGUGGUAGUGGUCGACCAGGUACAGCUGUUAAAUCAACAAUAACAUCAAGUGGAGGAGCAACAAUUCGUAAAUCUUUACAACAACAACAACAAAAUAUGAAUGAUGAUCGAAUGUUUUUUGGACGACCAACAUCAUCAAUGCCAACAACUAUUGGACAAGGACUCUAUCAUAAUCGUAUUGGAUUAAUGUCUAAUAAACAACAACAACAACAUCUACCAGUAACGUCAUCAUCAAUAGGACAACAACAGCAACGACGAAUAACACCAUUAAAUGCGAUGGAACACCAUCAACAAUCUUCUCAGCGACGACCACUUUCUUGGUUCCAAAAUCGUACUCGACGUCCUUCAUCCGGUGAUGAAAUUGAUUCUGAUCGUGAUUCAUCUCCACCAUCAUAUUCCAUAAGUAGUAAUGAUAAUUUAGGUCCAACACGUCGUUCAACACGUGUACCAAAACCAAAACAAGAUGCUGAUUUCGUCACAUUUCCAUUAUUGGAUCGUGAUGAACAUGGAAAUCAAAUUCCUCCUACACCAUCAUCAAUGCCAUUGAAUAAAGCUGAAGAUGAUGAAGAUGAUAUACCUUAUCGUUUAAUGGAUUAUCCACGUCCACCUCAACAAUCUCAAUCAUCAUCGACAACUUCUCCAACAACAUUAGCCGGUCCAGGAAGAAAACCACGUACAGUAGCUGAAAUGCGUGCAGCAACAAUUUCAAAUAAAAAACAACCACGUUGGCCAGAUGAUGAAUUAUAUCAUGUUAAAUCAUUUGUACCACUUAUUAUGCCACAACAAAUGGCAAAUCCAUCAAUAAUGAGAAAUAAAAUGACAAUGUGUAAACCAUUAGUAUGUGAACGCGAAGUUGAAGCUAAACCAACAAGAUUUACUAUUGCAACACAAACAGAAAUGGAACAUAUGAUUCCAGAUGUACCUUUAGUUACAUUACCUGUACCAAUUUAUCUUCCAUCGCCAACACCAAGUUAUCAAUUAUUUCAACCAAAAGCAGUACCAAUUCCAGUGCCUGUUUUUGUACCAAUUAUGAUACCAGUGCCAAGAAAAGCUUAUAAAAAUAUUCGUGACUAUCUUCAAAAACAACGUGAUCUAUUACCAGAUGAUCCAUAUGAAGCAGCACUUGUUAUGCAUGCUGAAAGUUUAGUACGUGCAGAAAAUCUACCACAACAAACAACAAUAAAUCAUGUCAAUGAAUCAAUGAUGAUAAUGGAUUUAACUGAAUCUUAUUUAACAACAUCACAAACAAUUGAAAAUUUACCUGAACUUGAUCUUGAAGCACAUUAUAUUGAUCCAAUGACAUCCAAUGAUCCUGAAAUACAAAAACUUCUUCGAAUGUUACCUGAUGCUGGUUAUCGUAUUAAAUGGACUUAUGGUAUUGAAGCAUUCCAACAAUGGUGUGCACAACGUAAUCGAUCGAUUUUAUAUCCAUCAAGUACGAUUACACCAGAAGAAGCAGCACUUGCAAAACAAUAUUUAGUUAAGUCAGAUUUACUUUCAUAUGUCAAUGGAGAUGAAUUACAACAUGUUAUGAGUGUAUUCAUUACUGAAGUUCGUCGUCCAACUGGCAAUGAAUAUUUACCAGAAAGCAUAUAUUACCUUUGUUUGGGAAUACAAUUUUAUUUAAAUAUAAAUAAUCGUCAAAUUGAUUUAUUUGAUCCACGUUAUGUAGAAUUUAAUUCAACAUUAAAUAAAAUUCUUUUAAACUAUACACUACGUCUUUCAACAGAUUCUAAUACAUAUGUAUCAUUAAUUGAUGAAGAUUUAUUAUAUGAUGUACAUCAAUUUGGUACAUUAACACCAUGGUCAUUAUUAACAACACUGAUUUAUACAAAUACAAAAUAUUUUAAUUUAAAAACGGUUGAAUCACAUAUGGCUAUAUCAUUUGCAAAUUUUGGAAAAUAUUCUCAAUGGGGACGUGUAUCAACAAAUACAUCACAAGGACAACAAAUGAAUUAUUUAAGAUUCUAUGCUCAUAAUCCUGAUUUGAAAUUAUUAGCAAAUUCUUCAACUGUUUAUGACAUAACAGAACAAGUGAAUGAUCCAGUACGAUGUCCAAUAAAACAAUAUGAUUUUUAUGUAUCAAAAUGUCCCGAUCAAAUACGUGGUACAGCUGAUGUAUUUUAUUUACAUCCAAUAAUUGGACAAAUUCUUGAAAAUUCAACUUGGUUUUCUACUGAAUCAUUAUCAACAAAAAUAGUUGAUCAAAUUCUUAAUCGUCUUAAACUUCUACCGGAUUUUUAUAAUCAAACAAAACCUGUUGAAACAAAUGCAUCAUUAAUUAAUAAUAAUUUAACGACAUCACAAUCAACAUUAACAUCAUAG